CGCGCCUCCUCUUCUCCUUCUUCUUCUUCUUCUUCUUCUCUCUUUGUGUUCUCUACGCGGUUUCACCAUGACCCCCACCCCCACCCUUCUUGGAGGUUACGUUGGUUUACUUGAUAAUAAUUAAUUAGGUCUGUAUAGCUCAAAGAUUUGAUUUUUUUAAUCCACUUUUUUUUUCCUUCACUCCGGAGCUCAUUUUUAAAUCUGGGUAUUCUUCGGUUGGUAUCGAGAAGUUGAUUUUUUAUUUUUCAACUGAGUCUACUCGGUGACUCGUUCGUGUUGAUGUGAAUUGUACUAUAGAGAUAGAUAGAUCUGUGGAAAAGGAAAUCUGGGUCUGGUUUUCUAUGCUGAGGAAAUGAAUGGGUUCUUCAGAUUUGUGGUUUUUAUUCUGGUUUAUCAGAAUUUGACUUCUUGCUGUCCUCUCAGGAAUGAAGGUUUGGGUGUGUUGAGACUUAAAAAGAAAGGGAUUGCUGAUAGAUUUGAAGCUUGGAAGAGCAGGAAACAUGGAAUGGGAAAUUCAUAUUCAAGAGGAAAUUUUGUGUUUCUGAAAAUGACAGAGUUCAGCAGAGUAGCUCUAAGGGAAUUGCACAACAUUAAAUUUUUUCCAUAUCCACCCAAACGAGGUGCUACUACACUAGCACAAUCCCCAUCUCCUUCUCCGUCCCCAUCACCGAGUCCCCAUGGACCAGGUCUUGCACCACCAUCAAGCUCUGCGGUGCCAGAAGUUGCCCGACCCGGGCCCACACCUAUUCCAUCUGUUGCACCAUCUUUCAUUCCUUCCCCUCAAGGCAACUUUAUAAAUUCAUCACUUAGAAAUAAAAGCAAGAACCACAACAAAAUCUUGAUAGUGGCUGCAACGGUUGGGGGUUCUGCUUUGCUUGUGCUUUCUGCAAUUUGUGUAGUUUUAUAUCAACACAAUAAGACGGCUGUUGUAAAACCUUGGGCGACUGGAAUCAGUGGCCCCCUGCAGAAAGCUUUUGUUACGGGUGUGCAGAAGCUUAAGAGAUUAGAACUCGAGACAGCUUGCGAAGAUUUUAGCAACGUGAUUGGCUCUUCAUCGGUUCAUACAUUGUACAAGGGAACAUUAUCUAGUGGAGUUGAAAUAGCUGUUUUAUCACUUGCCGUGGCAUCUGCUAAGGAUUGGUCUAUAGAUCAAGAAUCCCAAUUCAGACAAAAGAUUGAUACACUAUCAAAAGUAAACCACAAGAACUUUGUGAAUCUCAUUGGGUAUUGCGAGGAAGAAGAACCAUUCACGAGAAUGAUGGUGUUUGAGUAUGCGCCAAAUGGGACACUUUUCGAACACUUGCACAUUAGGGAAGCUGAGCACUUGGAUUGGGCGACCCGAAUGAGAAUCAUGAUGGGCAUGGCGUAUUGUCUUGAACACCUUCACCAAUUGACCCCACCACCGCGCUUCUUGAAAACCCUAAGUUCCUCGUCCGUGCACCUAUCCGAGGACUAUGCAGCCAAGAUAUCCGAUUUCAUCUUCGGGCACGUGGAUACGGACGAGUCGUCAAACGGGCCGAACAAUGUGUACGGUUUCGGGGUCAUCCUGUUCGAGAUGGUCACGGGUCGGUUGCCCUACUCGGACAACGCGAGUGCCCUUGAAGACUGGGCCUCGAGCUACCUUAGGGGAGGUGGGGGGCCACUAUCCCUCCGGGAAAUGGUUGACCCGGCUUUGACUUCUUUUCGGGAGGACCAAAUGGAGGGAAUCGGGGACGUGAUUCAGUCGUGUGUCGAUCCUCGGCCGGAGCGGCGGCCGAGUGUGGGAGAGGUUUGUGGGAGAUUGAGGGAGAUAAGUGGGAUAGGGCCUAAUGGGGCAUCCCCUAAAGUGUCUCCACUUUGGUGGGCAGAACUGGAGAUUAUAUCUACUGAUGAGGCACCUUAAGGGACAGUUGCCUUUGGGAGUUUGGGGUGGUACAGUAUAUGUUAGUCAUCUGCCAGUUCUUAGUAGUAAAUAUAGUUUGUACUCCGUAAAUACCAAAAUGAGAAAGAAAGAUGAUUCUUGUGUGUGAAUAUAAUGUUGUGAUAAAUACAAAAAGAAUUUAAUUUGUUAUUUUUUCCGAGUAGAAUAAACUAGGUGUUGACAU